AUGAAAACGAAAUAUGCGUGGGGGAGAUUGGUUAUCAAAGAUAGACGAACGAACAAACAACAAAAGGAAUGUAAGUCUUUGAAGAGUAUAUUAGAAACUACCGAAGUUGACGGCUUGGUAGAGGCUGGCGAGAUAGUUCAGUACGAUUUUGCGCAACCGGGUCCAUCUUUAAGAGAGAUAGAAGGCUCAGAAAUCAAUCGAGCACUUGGUUUUGAUAAAAUAAGUAAUGAGUUUGAUAUGACGUGUAAUAAUUUUGAUAUUUCAAAAACUCAGAUAAGAACAAAUUUACUUACUAUUCCUCUAAAACCACAACCAGGACUAGCCCGUGAGGAGUACAAAAACGAAGAGCGGAAACUCUUCAACCAAUGGAAACUACAAAUGAACGGUCUACUCCGCCAAGCAGGAGUACUUACUCCCUAUGAACGUAAUCUUAAUGUCUGGCGCCAAUUAUGGUUCACCCUAGAACGUAGUGAUAUUAUUGUCCAGAUUGUUGAUGCCCGUAACCCCUUAGUUUACUACACCCCGGAUAUUGCUAAGUUAAGCCCAGAAAAACAACACGUUCUACUCCUCAAUAAAUCAGAUUUACUAUCGCCGGCCCAAAAACAGGCCUGGCACGUCUACUGGCAAGCCCAGGGUAUUACUCACUUGUUCUACUCCAGUAAGACCGGUUGUAUUGACUGGGUUGACUGGAUAGGUCUUAAUGGUGAAGAAUUAAGAGGUAGUACUGAAGAUGGAGAUCUUUUAAAGGGUUUAGGUAGUCAAGGUAAGUGUGUAGGUAUGAUUGGUUAUCCUAAUGUAGGAAAGAGUUCUACUAUCAAUGCUAUCUUUAAAAAGAAAGUAGUUCAAACUAGUCUAGUUCCAGGGAAGACUAAAUCUAUUCAGACAUUAAAUAUAGGAGAAGUAACUCUUUGUGAUUGUCCAGGUUUAGUCUUUCCUUCUUUAGUAGCACAUAAGCAAGAUUUAGUCUUAAAUGGUAUUUUAGCUUUAGAUCAUACCCGGGAUAUUAGAGGGUGUUUAGAAGUAAUAGUAGAAAGACUUGGAGUAAGAACACUUUGUUACUUACUGGGUGUACGUUGUUUUAUUAAUGAUUCAAGACGGUCUUUAGCUGAUAACUUUAUGGAUGCUUUGAAGAGAACAACUGGGUGCCAGGAAGAGGGUAAAUUAGUGAAGGGGUUAGUUAAGGACUAUUUAGAAGGUCGGAUUAAGUACGUACAUGCUCCACCUGGUCUCUGUCCUGUUAAGUUUAAUGAAGAUUCUAAUGGGGUACCAGAUGAGUUUGUAGUAGAUACAACUCCAAAUCAUGAUUGGUAUGCUGAGGCCCAGAAGAAGCCAGAAGCUAAACUAUCGGCUGAAGACUUGCUUUAUUCUAAGAAGCACUACCUGAAGAAAGGUUUGACUCGUCGCUUUCAAAACUACUAG